AUGAUUCUGGAGCGGGUACGAAACCAAUUCAUCAGGCUCCUGUGUUGUAGAAUGUACGGUGUGUAUCCAUUUUACCCGCUCAGCUAUCCAACGUUAUUCAUGAUAGGUGUACAGAUAGCAUACUUCGCGAUAAUUGGAACGCAAAUGUUCAUGAUUGUCCUUAGUAUAUUCCUCUUCUAUGGGAUUUAUAAAGAAAACGUUGCUUUCUUGGUGCCUUGGGUUGUUGGUUGCAUGACUUUCAUGGCUUUGGAGGCAAUGGCCAUGGUUUAUUCAAAUAUUUUAAGGGAUCACGUCAAUAAGCAAUUCGACGCGAUGUGUAAAGCAGAAAUUACUUUUCUAAUUCCGAGAAUAUUGUUAAAUUGUUUAUGCAUUUGGUGCGUCCUGCGACUAUAUCACCUCCUAAGAGCAGGUGUGACUUGGAAGGGGGCGGCUCCGAUUGAGCUGUGA